CCUGCUCCGGCUCUGCCUCCCUUGGCUCCGCCUGCAGAAGGGAGUGCGCGUGGGCUGGGGACCACGGGGCCCAGGACCAGUGACAGCAAGAGAGAGAGCGCCAUGUGAUGUUUGACUGUGCCCUGUGCUCACUGGUAGAAGAAUUAAUCCCCAGGGAAACUAAAGUGGGUUUCAGGAUGGCAAAAGAAGAGCCCCAAAGUAUCUCAAAGGACUUGCAGGAGCUGCAGAAGAAGCUGUCUUUGCUGAUAGAGUCCAUCCAGACUAACUCAAAGGUGGUUGCCUUUAUGACAUCUCCAGUGGGUCAGUACUUGGACAGGCAUCCUUUUCUGGCCCUCACCUUGCUGAUGUUCAUUGCCAUGUCAGCUGUUCCAGUUGGGUUCUUCCUGCUCCUUGUGGUGCUUACGUCCCUGGCUGCUUUUGUGGGAGUCAUAUUACUGGAAGGACUGGUCAUUUCUGUGGGUGGCCUCUCACUGCUUUGCAUCCUCUGUGGCUUGGCCUUCGUAUCACUUGCCAUGUCGGGGACAAUCACCGUGUCUUACAUGGUAGUCUCCAGCCUCAUCAGCUACUGGUUUUCUCCCAGCUCAUUGGCACAGCAAAACCCCAGUGGCAACUGUCGACUGUCUAUGAAGUCCACAGACUUUGAGGGGCUGUACCAGGAAUGACCAGCCUGAACAGAACCAAAGCUUUUUUCACAAGCAUGUCUGGAUCAUACUCAGCCCUUGGGAUUAUGACUUUGAGGGGGCGACUGGGUAGUCAGGCAUUUCUGGAAUGCAUCCUCUAGCGUUUUCACUUACUGUCUGAAGGAUCCUACAGUGGCCAAUUUGGCGAUCUUGUGUCAAUUUGAUUCGGGUGGUUGACCCACCCUCACCUGGAGAAUCAGCAGGGAAAUGGUGUGCCAGCUCCAUAGCUCCUUCUGCCUCUCACCUUUGAGCUCGCAAGUAUGCAGACUUGACCUUGGCAGAGGCCUGGGUCUCUAGAGCCCUGCAGCUUGACCCCUAAAGCCUCAGAGCUUGGAUCCAAAGGUCCAAUCUGGGGAACCGUGGAAUCUUUUUUUUAAAAGAAAAGAGGGAAGCAGUUUGUUUCUUCAUUCAUUUGAAACAAGAUGGGGGAAAAAAACACAGAGCAAACUCUUCUGCCUUAUUAGCUUUUUAUGAGAAAGAACAGCAACAUUUGGAAUAAUGACCACUAUGACAAAAUCAGAAAAUAGGGUCAAAACUUAACUUUAUGGCCAAGAGUGUUUGCUUUUUUUCUUUUUUUAAGUCUAAAGGUAUAGUUUCCACUGUUACUAUUGAGUACUGUUAAGUAUUGUUAAUCUGCAAACAUUUGCACUUGAUACACUUUUAUAUUGUUUUAAAGAACUUGUCCUGUUAAGCCAUUUCUUCAAAAAGUCCUAUAAAAACUGCUAAAGGACUAUAAAAAAUAAAAAAUCCUGUGGGGUUUCUGCUUCAGUGUUUUAUUUGAUGUGGCAUUUUAUUAAAUAUUUACUUAGGUGGGACUUUUUUUCCUUUGCUCUUUUUCUUCCCCUCUCUGCAUCAGACCCACUUUUUCUUUCUCUGUCAGUUUCAUUGUGUAUGCUGAGUAAUACAGCUAUGAGUCGGAACUGACUCAACGACACCUAACAACAACAACAGCAGCUAUUUGGUGAGAGUCAGCCCACUUUAAGUAGCUUUAAAAGGGGACUGGGGAUGAAUUGUUUCACUCAGUUAAAAGCC